UUCACAUAAAUUUUUUUAAAAUGGAGGAGUUGCGCCAAACAGCAUUUGCAUAUUACAAGGACGCCCCGGAGCAAAUCCGGCGGUGGGUGGAUGAGUUUUUCCUGGAAAUGGAUCAUGAUGAGGACGACCAAGUGAGCUUGCAUGAGUUCUUGACAUACAUGGAGAUGCAUGAAGAUUGUACGCAUCUGAGUAACCCUAGAUUCUUCGAUGAGCUGAAGAAGGAAGGGAGUGAAGAGCUUGAUUUCUUGGACGUGGUGACUCUCUUCUACAUCGUUUAUAGUGGAAAACCCUUCUGUAAUGGGGAUUGCAAAAAAUUCGUAAAGGGAGUUUAUUUUACUUGUGUAAAAUGCUUUGAUCAUGCCAGUGAUGCCGCCAACACAUUCAAUGUUUGUACUGCUUGUUAUGUCGAUGGAAAGUAUGUCCAUGGCCACAAGAAAUUCCUUGAUAACUUCCUACUGCUUCAAACCAAGAGGAUGGAAGCUUUGAACCAGCUGCCAGCAUCAAGCAUUCAUGAGUCGAAGUCACCUGAGUCUGGUAGGACAUCAGAGACGAGCAAUAAUUCUUCUUCCCGUAGACUCACCAAUGAGCCAAGCAGUUCUGGUGCAUCCACUGAAGUGGUUCCCGUGAACUCAAGGCCUAAAAAUAGGGCAGGGAGGAAAGCGUUGAAAACGAUAGAAGUGCUUCUCGCCCUGGGGAAUAUCUUUGCUUCCACUCAGUGUACCAUUAUGUGAUCAAGACUGAGGCGCGCUAGCUAGAGCAAUCAUGUGUGUGUGUAUAUAUAUAUUUUAUAUAAUUUCAAAGGUUCUUGUUUCCAAUUAAUCACUUGCAUCAAACUCGUGAAAUAAUUUGUAGUCUUCACCUGCUGAAGCUGAACAAGGCUCUUUAACUCUCAACUAAAAUGGAGAGAAAGAGUCCAAUCACAGCGGCAGAGCUGGGAAAUGCUGGAGUGGGGAUACAAAAUUGGAAACUACUUAUCUCUUUCUUAGGAUAAAUCACAGUCUGACAUGUGUGCAAAAAAAAUUUCUUUUUGAAAUAUUUAUAUAAUUUAUUUUUAUAUAUGUGUCAGACUAUGAUUUGUAUAUGUAAGGAGGAAUGACGCCUUAUAUGGAGCCAAAGCAGUGUCCUACAAAAUUUAUCCACGAGUUUCCCUUUUUUCUUCUUUUCCUUUUUAUUUUUAUGAUGUAGUUCGAGCUAGUUAGCCAACCGAAGUACUACUUCAAUGGACGGAGAGGAUUUCUGCUUGAGCAUGUUGGAUUUGUUUGAGCGUGUAUUAUCUAUUGAAAUUAUAUUGUAAUUUCGUAAAUUCUUUAGUGUUUUGGCCUGUCCUAUUUUCC